AUGAGGACUCUCAAACUUCAGCUCGACUACGUUCUGACGAGGAAUAUCCUUCAGUCGGAUAUCAGAGAAUCCAGAGCUCUUUGGGAUGUUGCUUUCGACUAUUACCACCAUCCAGUUCUUCUCAGCCUUAAGAUACGGUUCCGCAAGAGGAACCGAGGAGUGCCUCUUCAACCGAAAAUCGACUGGCAAGUCUGGAAGACGAAGAAUGCAGAACGAAUUUCCCCCAACGUGUGUCUAUUCAAGUUGCAGUACGGACCAGGAAGAAAUUUCGCGAUGCGGAUUCCUCUACAAAGUGCAUCCAGGAUGCUGCUAAGAAAAUGUCCGGUUCAAAUGCCGCGGAAGAAGUUUGCCUUUGCAUCUGCGGAGACAAGAUCCACGUGCAAUUCUGUCGCCCGCAGCACUGACGAUUUCAACCAGGAAAAGCGUCCUUGA